AAAUGAAAGAAACGGAACACCGUCCCAACCGCAAUUCCCUUAAGCAGAGGUGUACCCCAUGGCUGAAUACGCGCAUCCCGAAUCAUUGGUGACUACCGACUGGGUGGCCGAGCACGGCGGCGACGCCAACGUGCGUCUGGUGGAGGUGGACGUGGACACGUCCGCUUACGAGCAGGGCCACAUCGCUGGCGCCGUCACCUGGAACUGGCAGAGCCAGUUACAGCAAAACGUGGCGCGGGACAUCGUCUCCCGUGGAGAGAUGGAGGGGCUGCUAACCGGCAGCGGUAUUUCUCCCGACACGACCAUCGUCCUGUACGGCGACAACAACAACUGGUUCGCCGCCUGGGCCUUUUGGCAGUUGCAUUACUACGGCCACCAGAACGUCCGGCUGAUGAACGGCGGGCGCGCCCUGUGGCUGGCGGAGAACCGGGUGACGACCACCGACGUGCCGUCCUACGCUGCCAGCAACUACAGCAUCACCACGGAGAACACCGACCUGCGAGCCCUGCGGGACUACGUGCUGGACGCGGUGCGGAGCGGGUCCCACGCACUGGUCGACGUGCGUUCGCCCGACGAGUUCUCCGGUGCGCUGAACGCCCCGCCCAACCUGCCGCAGGAAGGUUCACAGCGCAACGGACACAUCCCCGGCGCGGCCAACGUUCCGUGGGGCCAGGCGGUCAACGAGGACGGCACCUUCAAGUCCGCCGACGAUCUGAGCGCGCUCUACGGCGGCAAGGGCGUGGAUGGCAGUCGCGAAACCAUCGCCUACUGUCGGAUCGGCGAGCGUUCUUCGCACACGUGGUUCGUGCUCAGCCAGCUGCUGGGCUACGACAACGUGCGCAACUACGAUGGCUCCUGGACCGAGUGGGGCAGCAUCGUGGGCGCGCCGAUCGAGCGGGACGUGUAG